AUGUCCAGACAACACAAGUUUCCUCUUCUUGCUUUGUUGUUGCUGAGCUUUCUACUGAAUGACUGUGGAGCGCAGGCCUUGGAUAAGGAUGAGGUCGUUUGGACGACACAGUCCGGUUGGAAAGACAUGAAAACAUGUGCCAAGUGCAAAUUUGAUUAUCUCUUUUGCAACUGGCCAGGUAGCCUCCAGGGGGACAUUGGCUGCAGCACAAAUGCCUGCAUGUGCCGGGCCAGCACGUUGGGUCAGACACUCAAGAAGGUAUCUGAGUCCGUGCUGUCUGCCUGUUCAAAUUAUGACGAUCAACGGGACGCGACAAGCUUCUUGAUCGCGUACUGCUCUGAUAAGGGCUACACAAGCAUCGGCUCUGCGGUGAUAGCCAGCUCGACAGGUGCGUUCACGGUGACUGAGACUGUCACAGUGUCGGUUGUGACACAGACAGUGGUUACUUCCGAAUCUCGUGUCAGUUCACAAACAUCCGAAGCAGUGACGACGACGACGAAAGAAUCUCGGACAACUGCACCGACUGUGAUAAGCACACAGAUCGUCAGCAACGGUGCCACGUCAGUAAUCACAAUCACAAAAGGACCAGAACAGACGCCCUCAUCCACAAGCAGCAAUGGGAACAGCGACAAUACCAACUCAUCAGCCCGCGACGGAGAUAAGCUAAGCAAAGCAGAGCUGAUUGGGAUCAUCGUUGCUAUCGUUGGAGUGUUUAUCGCUGCUUUGACUUUGUGGGUGACUUGGAGAGGGAGGAAACGCCGCCGUGCCAAGAGCAAAGCAUCGCCAACUACCUUGCCAGAUUCUGGACAUCAGCUAAAGAACAUUCCUGACCAGAACCAGAACGAGGCUUAA